AACUGUCAAUAUUUGCAUCCAGGCCAGUGCGAAUUCUCACCACAUUCUGCAUAAAACCAAAGCACAAACUAUACCUGAAAAAUGUUGCAAUAGUCAUCAUUUCCGGCAAGUCUAGUAAUAAAAUAUGAAGUCGAUUUAAUGCGCCCAAUCAAAACAGUUAAUGUGAAAGACAAGCGUCAUGCGAAUAUUUAACUUAUUCGUGGUCUUCCUACGUCGUAAGAUGGCGCCUAGCAGUGACCUGCCCCCUCGCGCGGAGAGCCAUAAAUCCGUUGUUGUUUAUGAAAAUUUACAACUUUGCAAUACAACUUUACGAGGCGCUACGUCUCUCCAUUGGCCGCCGCUGGUCAUGUGGAUUGUAGCCGUGAACAUGAACUUUUUUAUAUAUAUUAUUUCCCUUUCGAGAAUAGAGCUGCAUUCUUUUGCAGCUUCCCUCUGCUACGGACCUGUGCUAUCAUCCCUUUGUUUUUGUUCUUUGUUUCACAACAGGGAAUAAUGUGGAAUAUUUGUUUGUUAAAAGAGCGCCACACAGAGAAUUCAUGUGAUGGGCGUUUUGGAUUCAUGCCCUGGAAGGUAUGGCACAAUAUAUGGAUACUAAAUCGCGGUGGACUCAGCCAAAAACUAUGGGAUUCAUUCGGAGGUACAACUGGUGCCAUAACGACCAAAUGCUCGUUUUAUGCAUCAGAUCGACACCUGUCAGUCCCCCAUCCCCUCCUCCAUUUUGUCAGUUUAACACCUCGUCGAAGUCAAACACCUUCAUAACGGCUGUAAGUGUUCCAUGUCCAUUAUAGUCGCUCUUCCUUUCAGAGUUGUGUACAAUGGAGGAAGCACAGGCCAAGUUCUUGAAGACUGUCGAUUCCGCUAAAGGCGGAGAGAGAAAGACCCCUGCUUUGGGAGGAUGGAUUUUAUUUUGAGAUUUCUUCCUAAAUAAAGCUUUUACGAUUUGUGACCUUGCAAAGAAGCUUCCUGCCAUUUGGUCUACCCGAGGAGGCCAUUGGCGGAACGGCGUCACGUGACACCGGGUGCCAAUGUUAGUCUACAAGGGUGUCAAGACCCUGUCAGUUUCUGAAAUAAAUAUUGGGAAACGGCGAAAUGCAAAAGGCGACCUACUACGACAGCUCUGCAAUAUACAGUGGCUACCCAUAUCAAGGAGCAAAUGGUUUCAGUUAUAAUGCCAAUCAGCAGCAAUAUCCCCCAUCCUCUCAUGUGGAAAGUGACUACCAUCGACCUGCCUGCUCAAUGCUGUCCCCCAGCGGCGCUGUCCCUCUGCAGAAGUCCAGUGAACUCGCAGAGAGCUGUGUGCGGAGUAAUACAGCCCAGACCGGUCAGCCGCCUGUCAUCCCUGACAACAGUCAACAGCAGGCCCCCAUCACGGCGCCGCCGCCACCGUCUCCAGUUUCUCCGACCGAAAACUCCAGCAACAACUCCAGUCUCCCCACCACCAAGAAUGCCACACAUGGAUCACCCACCACUGCAUCCCGGAAGCAGAUUUUCCCAUGGAUGAAGGAGUCACGCCAGAACGCUAAACAAAAAAACAAUACUUCCAGUUCAGCUGAGCUUUGUGCAGGAGACAAGAGUCCGCCUGGCUCCGCCGCCUCCAAAAGAGCUCGGACAGCUUACACCAGCGCGCAGCUUGUGGAACUGGAAAAGGAGUUUCAUUUUAACCGAUACCUUUGCCGACCAAGAAGGGUCGAAAUGGCGAAUUUGCUGAACCUUACAGAGAGACAGAUAAAAAUCUGGUUUCAGAACCGCAGGAUGAAGUACAAAAAAGAUCAAAAAGGGGUGGGAAUGAUGCCUUCACCCGGAGCUCAGUCCCCGAGAAGCCCGGCCGCCCCAUCGUCUGCUGGAGGAUACCUCAAUUCAAUGCAUUCUCUUGUCAACAGUGUACCGUAUGAAUCGCAGUCGCCCACGCCUUACAAUAAGGCUAAUCAAAAUGCGUAUGGUAUACCGACGUCAUAUCCGGGUCCUCUGAACAGCACUCUAAACAAUUGUCUGCCUUCCCAGAAAAGAUAUGUGGGCACCGGGGCGGCCACCCCCGAUUAUGACACGCACCCCCUGCAAGGCAACGGUAACUAUGGAACUCAUCUGCAAGGAAGCCCCAUAUAUGUUGGCGGAGGCUACACAGAACCAGUGGCUAACUCCGGGCCCUCUGUUUUUGGGCUGACGCAUCUCUCUCAUCCGUCAUCGACCAACAUGGACUACAAUGGCGCUGUCGCUAUGGGCAACAGCCACCAUCACGGGCCGUGCGACACGCACCCCACAUACGCAGACCUUACUCCACAUUACUCUCAGGGAAGAAUUCAGGAAGCGCCCAAACUGACGCAUCUGUAACGAUAUCGUCAGCUGCGGUGUGAUAUUCUCUAGCUCCGUCCAAUCUCUUACCUCCUCACCCAUAGCUUUCUUUCCAUUCAGUAGCUUCUAUGCCUUGUUUUUUUUUUAUUGUUUAUGUGUGAUGUGUAGCUUAGUCAAGUAGUCAUUCUUGUUGCUUGGAUUUCUCUAUACAUUUGCUAUAGUGUUAUUGUUCCAUUACCGUACACCUGGGAGAUCAAGUCCGGAUGCACAGAUAUGCAUAUUUAGUCGUAAACAUUAUUAUUAUUUUUUAAUCAAACAGGGUAUUUGAACAAAUUUUAUUAUAUUCUUUAAUGUGAAUUUGUUCGUUAGUUAUUUAUCCCCGGUGAAGAAUUUUGUUUGCAUUUUGUUGCACGCCUGGAGGCUCAGAGAAUCACGCGCUGGUUAAAAUGCUCCGCAGCACGAGCAUCUGACCGCCACUGUUUGUAUUCUGAUGGACUUUCAAAAUUAUUUAUUUGUUUUGUCAGAACAUAAGUUUCUAAAGUAUUAUUUAUCUCCAUCGGCCAAUAUGUAGGCUAUUUCCAGAAGGAGGUACGCGGGGACAGGGUUUGGCCCUCCUUACAAACUCAUUUGCAAGGAAAAGGAAUACAUGACAAAAACCAAGAUUACAAUGUUCUCUUUAUUGGGUUCAUACAUUUUUUUUUUUUUUUGGGAAGUGAAACAGGAAUCAUGCAAUAAGAUAUGAGAGACAAGGUAUGAGAGUUUUAGAAUUACCCAGCUUGUACUUGUUUAUUGACGAUACUUCAAAGAUCACAGGUUCUGUUUGUCAUACAUUCCAAGCUGCUCCAUUCUAAGAAAUAAAAAGUUAAAACAUA